CAGCAUGUUAUCACAGUGUUUUUCUCAGCUGUUGUAUAAUAAACAUUCAGCAGGCUUUAAAGAGCAGCAGGAUCCAGGUGAGUGCACUGUUCACCUGCAGGCUGCAACAUGGCUGUCUUCACGCUCAGCGUCCUCGUCCUGCUCGCGCUCUCCGACUGCAGCUGGGCUGAGGAGCAGGAGCUGUCCGUCUCUGAGCUCCUUUGGAGGGCCAACAAAGAUGUCGUGCGCUCAGAUAAGGAGCCCUUCGUUAUGGAUGACAUCGCUUAUGACAACGAGAACGAGAGGAACGCUGACCCCUGCACCUCCGGCAGCUGCAUGUGGGCGAGAUCCGCAGAUGGGAGAGUCUACGUGCCUUAUGUCAUCGCCUCGCACUACGAUUCUCGUGAGCGCGCCAUCAUCGAGCGCGGCCUGACCUCCUUCCACGACGUUUCCUGCAUCCGCUUCGUGAAACACUCCGGCCAGAGAGACUACCUGAACAUCCAGUCAGACAGCGGCUGUUACUCGUACGUGGGGCGUCGGGGUUAUUCUCAGACGCUGUCUCUGGACCGGCAGGGCUGCCUGUACCACAGCACGGUGCAGCACGAGCUGCUCCACGCCCUCGGCUUCAACCACGAGCAGUGCCGCUCCGACCGGGACCAGCACAUCCGGAUCCUGUGGGAGAACAUCCAGUCCGGUUGGGCGUAUGCCUUCGACAAGAUCAACACGCUGAACCUGAACACACCAUACGACUACAACUCCGUCAUGCAGUACCACAGGUAUGCCUUCAGUGGGAACAAUAAGCCCACCAUGAUGCCGAUCCCCAACGCCAACGUUGAGUUCGGCACGGCCAACCAGAUGAGCAGCAACGACAUCAGCAGACUGAAGACGCUGUACAAAUGUCAAAGGUGAGGAAGAAACCCUGAGAACAACUUCAACAUCACAGCACCGCUUUAUAACACAGUCUGAGAAAGUGUGUGGAUAAUAAAUCUUCAAACAUCUUCA